CAUUCCUCGCGGGGCUCCACUCUGGACCCGCCCGCCUCGUCCUUCAUCCUCAGAGACUCAUUGGUCCCAUUCCCCUCGGGCCUCGCCCUUCAGGUGCUCGGGCCAUGCCCGUCCGACCGCGCUGCUUCCGCCUCGCAGUCCUGUCUCACCCGCUUCUCUCGUAGGCCCUUCUACCCCCCCGCGAAGCCCGGCUCCCGGGUUCCGCUUCCACAGGGCCGCCCUCUCUCCUCCGAGAUCCAACGCCUCGCCCCUCGGUAAGAGGCCCGGGACUCGGCCCACGGCCCCGCCCCCCACUUGACUAGUCCGCCCCUGGAAGGCCAGCUCCUCCUCUCGACGCCUCUGCUCUCUCCACCCGGGACUUCUCGCUGCCAGGCCGGGUCCUCUCACCGUCAAGGCCCGCCCCUUGCCAACGGUUCUCGCCUAUUCGCCGAAAGCCCCCCCUCCCAGAUUGCCGCAGGGCAGGGGCGGAGACAGCCCGGGCGGUCCCAGGCUCCGCCCCCGGAAGCCUCACUUCCGGGCGCGAGCACCCCCACCCCCGCCCCGCCUCGCCCAGGCGGCAGAGAGGAGACUAUGGAACGUCAGGUGCUGCUGAGCGAGCCCGAGGAGGCGGCGGCUCUGUAUCGGGGCCUUAGCCGCCAGCCCGCGCUGAGCGCCGCCUGCCUGGGCCCGGAGGUCACCACACAGUACGGCGGCCAGUACCGGACGGUGCACACUGAGUGGACCCAGAGGGACCUGGAACGCAUGGAGAACAUUCGAUUCUGCCGCCAAUACCUGGUGUUCCAUGACGGGGACUCAGUGGUGUUUGCCGGACCUGCAGGCAACAGUGUGGAGACCCGGGGGGAACUGCUGAGCAGAGAGUCUCCUUCAGGCAGCAUGAAAGCUGUGCUGCGCAAGGCUGGAGGCACGGGCCCUGGGGAAGAGAAGCAGUUCCUGGAGGUCUGGGAGAAGAACCGGAAGCUCAAGAGUUUCAACCUAUCAGCGCUGGAGAAACAUGGGCCUGUUUAUGAGGAUGACUGUUUUGGCUGCCUGUCCUGGUCGCACUCGGAGACACACUUGUUGUAUGUGGCAGAGAGGAAGCGCCCCAAGGCCGAGUCCUUCUUUCAGACCAAAGCCUUGGACGUCAGUGCCAGCGAUGAUGAGAUAGCCAGGCUGAAGAAGCCAGACCAACCCAUCAAGGGGGAUCAGUUUGUGUUUUACGAAGACUGGGGAGAAAACAUGGUUUCCAAAAGCAUCCCUGUGCUCUGCGUGCUGGAUGUCGAGAGUGGCAACAUCUCUGUGCUUGAGGGGGUCCCUGAGAAUGUGUCCCCUGGACAGGCAUUCUGGGCCCCUGGAGAUGCUGGUGUGGUGUUUGUGGGCUGGUGGCAUGAGCCCUUCCGGUUGGGCAUCCGCUUUUGCACCAAUCGCAGGUCAGCCCUGUACUAUGUGGACCUCAUCGGGGGGAAGUGUGAGCUCCUCUCAGACGAUUCCCUGGCUGUCUCUUCUCCCCGGCUGAGCCCAGACCAAUGUCGCAUUGUCUACCUGCAGUACCCAUCUCUGAUCCCCCAUCAUCAGUGCAGCCAGCUGUGCCUGUAUGACUGGUAUACCAAGGUUACCUCAGUGGUGGUAGACAUUGUGCCUCGGCAGCUGGGAGAGAACUUCUCUGGGAUCUACUGCAGCCUUCUGCCUCUGGGAUGCUGGUCAGCUGACAGCCAGAGAGUGGUCUUUGACUCGGCUCAGCGCAGCCGGCAGGACCUGUUUGCUGUGGACACCCAAGUGGGCACUGUGACCUCCCUCACAGCUGGAGGGUCAGGUGGGAGCUGGAAGCUGCUCACAAUUGACAGGGACCUCAUGGUGGCACAGUUUUCCACACCCAGCCUACCUCCAACCCUGAAAGUUGGGUUCCUGCCUUCUGCAGGGAAGGAGCAGUCAGUGUUGUGGGUGUCCCUGGAGGAGGCCGAGCCCAUUCCUGACAUCCACUGGGGCAUCCGGGUGCUACAGCCACCCCCAGAGCAAGAGAAUGUGCAGUAUGCUGGCCUUGACUUUGAAGCAAUCCUACUGCAGCCCUGCAACCCUCCAGAUAAGACCCAGGUGCCCAUGGUGGUUAUGCCCCACGGGGGGCCCCAUUCAUCCUUUGUCACUGCCUGGAUGCUGUUCCCAGCCAUGCUUUGCAAGAUGGGCUUUGCGGUACUACUAGUGAACUAUCGUGGCUCCACGGGCUUUGGCCAGGACAGCAUCCUCUCCCUCCCAGGCAAUGUGGGCCACCAGGAUGUGAAGGAUGUCCAGUUUGCAGUGGAACAGGUGCUCCAGGAGGAACACUUUGAUGCAAGCCAUGUGGCCCUUAUGGGUGGUUCCCAUGGUGGCUUCAUCUCCUGCCACUUGAUUGGUCAGUACCCAGAAACCUACAGGGCCUGCGUGGCCCGGAACCCUGUGAUCAACAUCGCCUCCAUGUUGGGCUCCACUGACAUCCCUGACUGCUCAGUGUCUUGCAGGUGCGUGGUGGAGGCUGGCUUUCCUUUCAGCAGUGACUGCCUGCCAGACCUCAGCGUGUGGGCUGAGAUGCUGGACAAAUCGCCCAUCAAAUACAUCCCUCAGGUGAAGACACCACUGUUACUGAUGUUGGGCCAGGAGGACCGGCGUGUGCCCUUCAAGCAGGGCAUGGAGUAUUACCGUGCCCUCAAGACCCGGAAUGUGCCUGUUCGGCUCCUGCUCUAUCCCAAAAGCACCCACGCACUAUCAGAGGUGGAGGUGGAGUCAGACAGCUUCAUGAAUGCUGUGCUCUGGCUACGCACACACUUGGGCAGCUGAAGCCCUGCCAUUCUGCAUGAGCUGAUCAGCCUGUGCCACACUUCGCUCUUGGGGAGCUCCAAGGUCUGGCAGGGCAACAGGAGGCUUUCUGGGCUCUGGACUCCACGGAUGCGUGGGCAGAGGAAUGUGGGCUAUGUAGUCAUAAUAAAUUAGGACACAGAG